UUUACGACAUCGGAAAUGAUUUCUGUUAGCCAGGGGAGCUAACUCGUUUCCUCGUUCGAAGUCUGUGUGCGUUUUGUUAUUACAUUUGUCAAGAUUUUAAAGCCUCCCAGAUGCCUUGUUGGUAUUUCGAGAAGAAAGAUAUCCGCAACUCAGCAUCUGCACAGCAUGGCUUGGAUGCCAACACUGAGGCGCGGUACCGACGGGAGGGAGCUCGUCUUAUACUGGAUGCUGGUACCAAGCUAGGACUUCGCUAUGAUACAUGUUCAACAGGAGUGGUGUACUUUCACAGAUUUUACAUGUUCCACUCAUUCAAGGAAUUCAACAGAUAUGUGACAGCUGCGUGCUGCCUAUUCCUGGCGGGGAAGGUGGAAGAGACGCCCAAGAAGUGUAAAGACAUCAUCCGCACCUGUCACGGCCUCCUUAGCCCCCAGGCCUUUGCUGCCUUUGGAGAUAAUCCUAGAGAGGAGGUGAUGACACAAGAAAGGAUUCUGCUGCAGACCAUCAAGUUCGAUCUACAAGUGGAGCACCCUCACAGCUCCCUGCUGAAGUUUGCCAAGAUUCUCAAAGGUGACAAGGAGAAGGUACAGAAGAUUGUUCAGAUGGCCUGGACAUUCAUCAAUGACAGUCUGUGUACCACGCUGUGUCUCCAGUGGGAGCCUGAGAUCAUUGCAACAUCAUUGAUGUACCUGGCGUCUCGCCUCCAGAAGUACGAGAUCACAGACUGGGAGGGUAAAUCACCUGGAAGAGAAAUGAAGUGGUGGGAGUUUCUCCUGGAAGAUCUGUCCAUGCCUUUAAUGGAAGAUCUGUGUCAUCAAGUGUUGGACCUGUACUCUCAGCAGAACAAGGACAGUCUCCAGAAGGGGGAGUCCCCUCCGCCAAGUCCACCCAAGAUGGGAGCCCCCACCCCUCCCUCCCCUGCAGUUGCAAAUCGGAAGAGAACAAGCUCUCCAAAUGAGUCAAAGAAGUCAAGAAAAGAGGUUCCUGAAAAGAAGAGCAUGAAUGGCACCCAAAAAUCAGCUCCCCCUCCACCGACAACUGCUGUGACGACAGUGGCGCCCGACUAGCGGUAUCUCCUCUUACAACCCCUAUGUUGACCGCAGCAUGUACUCCUCUUCCUUCAUGUCACAGGAGGGGAGCCAGACAAUUCAGCCGCUGAUAUCAGGCACCCCCUCCACCACUGCACAGUAUCCCACCUACCCCCCAGGUCAGACUCAGCCUGCUGCUGCACCCCCUGCCCACUAUCCUGUCCCAGGCUACCCACAGGCAGGGUACCCACCUGCAGCAACAUAUGCUCAGACAGCUAACCCCCAGUACACUGCAACCUCAACAACUGCAGCACCCAGACCCCCCUACAAUACAGCCUUUCCCCCUAACUACCCUCCCCAGCAGGUUACCCAGCUUCCACCCACCCUCCGCCAACUCAACCCUACCCUGCCCCUGCCUACCCUUACCCCCCACAGUAUGGGUCACAACCACCCCCACAUGGCACAGCAGCACCCCCUGUAGGUUACCCCCCAGCUGGUGCCCCACCUCCUGGUGCUCCUCCAGGUGCCCCGCCAGGAUUCCCACCUGGGGCUAGAUUCCCACCCCCACCCCAGGGAGGACCACACCCAGUGCCACCAGGACCCCCUGGGGGUAAGUCUCAGAAGAGGAACCCUAGCAUGGUGUCCGGUAUAACAACAGUGAGGAUAACAGGACGAUGACCUUACUGCUACACCGUAGUGAGUGAGUGAGUUGAUGCUACACCGUAGCAUGUUUUAACUGAUUAGUAUGUACAGAAGAGAAUGGAGGAAACAAUGGAUUAUUAUGAAAUGUGAGCUUGGGUUCUUGAAGAGUGACAUGACAGUAAGCUGGGUACUUUGUUCUAUAGUGGGAAGAUCAUCUUCAUCAUAAACUGAAGUGUUCACAGAUCUUGUUGCGUGGUCAGUUGGUGAUGAUAGUUGGAAUGUAUUUCAAAGUAUUUUCGAAUGUGAUCAUUUCAUCAUCUUCAGUUUUGUUUUAUUUGAAGUUAUUUGUUCACUGAAUGCAACUCACAUUCUCUGAUGAAAAUACCAGAACUCCACGACUAGCUGUGUCACUGUGGUGGCAUGCUCCUGUCGUGGUAACUUGUUGGAUGUUAUUGGAAUAUUUGUUCAGUGUUGGAAUUUCGGGCCUGAAUAUUUUUCAAGGUUUCUCCGGACCAUUCCUGUACUUGCUGGUUUCAAGUGGUAAAAAUCUGAAGCCUAAAUCAUAUUGGGCUUUUCACUGAAAUCAAACAAAUAUGUCUUGAUAUAACUGCAAUACUGUUGAAAGGAGCUGACUGUUGCCAUGGUAACAUGGCAUGAUACACUGGUAGGUUAAAGAACACCCAAUAUUUUCCUUUUGUCCAUGACAUCCAAUAUGGUCACAGGAAACAUAGUCAGGUCUUCACUUGAGUAGUAAUACUAGUAUGUUACUGUUUUGUCAACUUCAUUCAUGACCUGGUCUCUUGUUCUGACUAAGUCCAUGCAGUAUGUACCACCAGCAUGACAGACUUAGCUAAGACAAGACUGACUGUUAUUAGUGAAGUAGAGCUAAGUCACAGGUCAUUGAGUAAUGGCUGUAUUAGCACAUAGAACAGUCUGAUGGAAUAUGAUAAAUAGAAUUGUAAUGAGACCAUCACAAUUAAAUGCUACAUGAUUUAUUACCUCAGCUGACCUGUGAUAUGUCAGGGGAGUAAUUAUCAUAAUCAUAAUUACAUGUAAGCACUUCCAUCAUUAAGUAUUUUCACUGUUUUAUGCUCUUGGCAAUGGCAGCCUUAACACACACAAAAUGUAUUUGAAAGAAAUUUCAUGUAUAUUUUGACCAGAUUUUUCCAGAAGAAUAUGAAAGUGUUUGUAGUAUAUUGUUUUUGACAACUAAAAGGAACUAGUGUUUGUCAACUAAAGGGGAGGGGGGAUGGUCUUUCCUCGAUGUUACAGAGUUUGCUUGUCACACUGAAGACAAAUGUUUGAUUUCUCAUGUGUACCAUUUCUGGUGUCCACUGCCGUGCUAUUGCUGGAAUAUUGCUGAAAGUGGCAUAAAGCCAAACACUCACUCACUUACAGACGAGGAUUUCCACCAGACACUGUACUAGCUCCAUGCUAUGACCUUGUGUUGGAAGAACGUGUUACUGUUGGCGAGGUUGUGUGCCAUUGCUGCCAUGUUUAUGUUAUUCAGUGAAGUUCAGUUUGUAACAAGCAGAGAGAAGAGACAGGGAUUGAGGGAUGGUGUGUACUUUAAAUGUUGAUGUGAUUCAGUGAAGUUCAGUUUGUAACAAGCAGAGAGAAGAGACAGGGAUUGAGGGAUGGUGUGUACUUUAAAUGUUGAUGUGAUUCAGUGAAGUUCAGUUUGUAACAAGCAGAGAGAAAAGACAGGGAUUGAGGGAUGGUGUGUACUUUAAAUGUUGAUGUGAUUCAGUGAAGUUCAGUUUGUAACAAGCAGAGAGAAGAUUGAGGGAUGGUGUGUACUUUAAAUGUUGAUGUGAUUCAGUGAAGUUCAGUUUGUAACAGAGAGAAAAGACAGGGAUUGAGGGAUGGUGUGUACUUUAAAUGUUGAUGUUAUGAACCUUGCAUAUCUACAAACUGGUGUACAUGUUGAAUGAGAUUUGAUAAACAUGAGCAAAUAGGAAUGUAAAGUAUCAAAUCUUGUGAAAUAAAUGCAUUUAUCUUGA